AUGAUGUUAAGGACAGCGACACUCUUUGGCUCGACUGGACUCUCACGGCAAGCGACAGCACGUCGUUUCACGAGCGUUAAGCUCGGAUAUAGAUUUCCGAAUGCACUACAGCCAACCUGUCACUCACCGUUGCUAUCACGCAUACACAAGGGACUAACGCGAGAGCAAGUGAGUCAACAAUACCAUUAUCGUUCCAGUAGUCGGCGUCCGAGUCGUGCCGUGUCGGGGGAUGUGGUGAUACUGGGACUGAUCUCUGCCAAUGUAGCAGUCACAAUAGGUUGGUUUCGAGCACAGGCGUCACCUCCACGACAUCCAGCGCAGAAACUGCGCCGUUUUCAACCGUCCAUGAGGACGAUGCUAACGCACUUUACUACAUCCACGCAGCAUCUUCAGGAGGGUCGAUACUAUACACUCCUAACGUCCAUGUUCAGCCAAGCAACGCUAGGUCAUUUGGGCGCUAAUAUGAUUGGACUCUACUUCUUUGGACGACAAUUGUGUGACGUGUUGGGCCAUAAAAAGUUUCUUGGGCUGUAUCUGGCUAGUGGUGUGCUUUCAUCUGCUGCAGCAAUGCUUGAACAGAAGCUGUCGGGAAAACUAAGCUACAACUUGGGUGCAAGUGGAGCUGUGAACGGUAUCACGUCGAUGAGCAUUCUGCUCUUCCCGCACGGAACGGUGUUGAUCUUUGGCAUUAUACCCAUGCCUGCAUGGCUGGCUGGAUCGCUUUUCAUUUUUAAAGAUGCUUACUCGCUUGUUACAGGUCAAGAGGAUGGAAUUGGUCAUGUUGCACACCUUAGCGGCGCAUUCAUUGGUGGUGUUUACUACUACUAUUUCCGUCGCCGAUACUAUCGACGUUUUUGA